AGCCAUUUUGGCUCAAGCUCGCCGUCGUGCGCCCGCACGCCCGCGCGAGCGCGCGCGAGAGCUGGUCACAACGCCGACGCAGAGAAGCGCGCCGUGCCCAUGGCGUUCCCCGAGCGACCUCGGCGGCUCACCUUGCUGGCCGCGGCGCUGCUCCUCUGCCCGCCCGCGCGCGCGCGCUCCGCGCAGGGAGGGCGCGGGAGCGCCCUGGUUCGCAGGGAGGUGCUCGCCGUGGACUCGCGGGGCCAGCUGUCUGGUGGCGCCGCACAGGGCGGGACGACCGCGGGCUUGGAGGAGAAGCAGGCCUGGACAGGCGGGCGGCCUACCGCGAGCGUUUCGUCGAGAUCGGGCGCGAGGCCACAGCGGGCCCCCGGCGGGAGCAUGCAGAGGGCCGGAGGCGAGGAGGGUGUCGGCAACGAGGAAGGGCCCGCCCUCGAGGCCAAGGCCCAGGUUCAGUUGACGCCAGAAUGCCAGAGCCUCCUAAAAAAUAUUGACAAGUUACCUGAUUACACCUCCGUGACGGUGGGAGAAUUGAAGGAGUGCAUUAAGGCGUUGGAAGCGAGUACGCACAUUGCAAACAACAGUGCAAUUGUGGUGCGGCAUGAACUUAAAGAUGUGAAGCGUAGGGAACGUUUUGCAAAAGGACAACUGAAACGCGCCCGAAAGAAGGAGGAAGAAGCUCUCAAUAAAAGCCAGCGAGCGAUCAAGGACACUGAGAAGGCGGAAAAAGAGAUGAAGGUGGCCAAGCAAUUAAAAGAUAAGGCCUUGGUGGAGAAAUCCUGCACGAUGCACCUGAGCAAGCAAGUCAAGAUGGAUAUAUAUAUAUAUAUAUAUAUAUAUGUUAGCGACUGGCUGAUCAACGUGCCAGAAGGAGCUACGAUACAAUAUCAGAAGAACGGCACGUCAGCUCAUCGCUGCCCUAACAGCAUAGCUUGUCCUCAUAGCGUUGUCGAGCUGAACGUGGACCCCCGCAGCAAGGCUGCGGACAACUGCGAAACACUGCGUGCAGAGGCACAGUGCCAGGAAGGGUACAAUUCGACAACACCCGGAUGCGCUUCUUGCACAAUUGGUUUUGGACGCAGUAACGCUGAUCCCUUCAUCUGUGAGCAGUGUGGCCACCAGAUUCUUCAGUGGCUCGCGUGGCUUGGAGUGCCGAUCAUGCUCUACGCGGCCUCCCUCCGCAGUGCGUUUGACGCCGCGCGCAGGGGGGCAUCCGCAGCUUUCUCGAACGAUGCGCUGAAGAUCUUGCUAGCGUUCACCUCCGCCUCUGCUCUCGUCGCGUCGACCAUAGACGCAACGCCUGUGUUCCGCAGGAUGCCCGAUGGUGUCAGAGGAGUUCUCAGCAUGGGCAUUCACGCUUCGGGAGGUGACGCCACGGCUUUUGCGUCCAGCCUCGACUGCUUAGUCAACGGCGGCGAGCAACAGAUCGGGCCCCUGAGCGUUGUCGGCCUUGUGUUUGCUCAGGCAGCCAUUGCGAUGCUCCUGGCGAUGACGGCGCAGUUAAUCCAGUGGUUCCGGGCCAAGUACACGCCAGGCAGCCUCAUGGUGUGCUACAUCGUGGCGACCAACCAGUUCGUGCCACUCAUCACCGCAGCGUGCGCCCGCUCGCUCCCGUGCUACCACACACAGGUGCACCCGGACGAUCCCCUUGCGCCUGCUGAGAGCUGGCUUUCACACGAGUCACUGGCAAGUUGCAGCGGCAGGGCGAGGUAUUCGAUGAUCACGGUGCCUUUGGCUUCUGGUGCCAUUGUGGCAGGGCCGCUACUUUGGAUCUUCCUGAUUCGCAAUUCGGUGCACGACCACGCAAUGAAGUUCAUCACAGGGUCCCACACUGAGGGGCGGCAGUCUUGGGAGGCUUUCCGUCUCACCAAGACUACUGUGCUCGCUGUCACCGCGACUCUGGCUCCAACCACAUACAGCCCAUCUUCCAAAUUAGCCAUGGCACUCUUCACGAUGACCGUGUUCCUUGGUGCACACAUGCGACUCCGACCGUACAAGUACCAGAAGCUCAACGACGCAGAAGGACUCUCUCUCCUAUUCACUUGCUGCAGCCUGAUAUGCGCCUCCGUCCUCGCGACCGACGCGUGGAGCUCCACGCAGGAGAUGCAGGCGGUGGUCCUCUUCCUGUCCGCCGGCUUCCUCCUCGCAGCCUUCGUGUACCUGGUGAGGUUCUACGCGCGGGCGAAGUACCACGAGCUAUUCUCUGAGGAGGAGGAGGAGGAGGAGGACCACGCGGAGGACGCCAAGGGAGAGACGGCGGACGCCGCGGAGAGAGGAAAGCCGCCGGCGGAGGGCAGCGCGCCCUCGGCGGGCGUCGUGGAGGAAGGGGGCGGGCGGCGUUCGAGCGACGACGGGAGCCGGGGCGACGAGCCCAAGGAAUCGCCGCCGCAGGCCGAGGUCCCCAAGAGGAGGUCGUAGCCUGAUAGAGGGUAGCUCCGCCGGAGGCGAGAGUGCCCCAGUUUUGGCGCCCUGGGCGUGCACGACAGCCACCCCGAGCGGGCGCGGUGGCGCUGUUGUGUCGGUUCUUCGAGUCAUAGCCAAUCGCAGCAGAGCGAUUCACGAGUCCAUGGAGUUCGUCUCGCUCGAACGAGCGAGUGCGGAUUUCCCAUCGCCUCCGAGAGUAAGUUCGGAUUUUCCAUGGGCCCGAGCGGCGAGUUUGUCUACAGGUUCCUAAGGAUUCCUACAGAGCGCUCCUUUCUAUUUCGUGGGAACAACGCUACCGACCUCAUCCUGUCGGCACCUCUCGUUUAUCCAUACUCCUCCUCCUCCUGCCUCCUCGCUUCUCUCCUGGCCGCUGGCGCAGCAGCUCCUCGCCCAGCCAUCCCUCUUCUGUGGAGUCAGCGCUCCAGUCUUCCAGGCGGAAUGGAAGGCGCGUGGUGUUGCAGGGCUUCCCAGCACCAGGAGGCUCGGCCCGCAGUGCGUUCAAUAGCAGGAGCCCAUGUUCUCGAGAGCGGAGAAUGUCUGCACACCGCGAAUAGCAGGUCUGUGCAUAAGCUCAGUGCUGUUCCCUCUUGCCACCGAUCCAGCGCCGCUGGGCCGUUCCACGCUGCCACGUUUGGCAGCGCCCUGCCGCCUCGGCGGCGACGGGCCGCCUCGCCGCCAGGCCGCGUCGCGGCAGACCUUGUGUGGUCGACGGCGGAGCCGUGGCCUCUCUCGUGUCUGCCGCGGCGCGGCGGCGUCCGGGGCCUCGGGCACGGCGGCGUCAGUGUCUCAGCAUGUCUCCGGGCGCUUGGGCGAGGAGACGCCAGCUGAAAUGGGGCUCGGGCGCGGCGUACCUGCUACGCAAGCAUGUGGCGGACUCACAGCACGAUGCUUGCCCAAGGGGACCUCCAAGAGGAUCCCGAGAAGCAAACGUAUGUUUUCUCUCGUACCAGAUAUAUGAUGAGAAAGGUCCUCGCAACCGUGCUGCCCGUUCUAGACUUCUCAGAAAUGGGAUCGACCCCAGCUCAGGAGCGAGCUUUGGGAGGUCAUCCCCGUUGAAAUGGUCGGCUCACGCGGGUUGGACGUCCGCCACCGCCUGAACCCAUUAUUUGCCCUUGCCUUCGGUACUGUUUUUGGGCUGCCUUAUCGAUCAGCGGUAACGGACAGCCACAUAGCCAAUAGGAGCCAAUAGGAGAAGGAG